UGUAUGGUACCAAUAAAAUGACUUUUCGGUUUGAAGCUGUCCUGAUCACUUAUAUCUGAGCAUGGAGCCAGGCUGAUGCGGGCAAGGCAGACAGGGGUCCCCUCAUGUCCCUGAUGUCCUGGUAGGGGUGUGGGCACAGGGCUCACUGUGCUCCCUGGAUGAUGCUGGGCUGCCUCUGCCUGCUGGCUCCCUGCCAUGCCGUGGAAAGCAGAAAUCCCAGCAAGGGUAAAGUACAGGCAGUUCAGUUGCUGAGAAAUGGCCCAGUCCCCAAGCCAGAGUGAAACAGCAGCUCGAGCCUGCCCGGACACCAAGGUGAUGGGCACAUUCCCUGGGGAGCAGUGGGGUCAGUGUAAUCCUGCCUGGGAAGAGGGCAGGAGCAGCUGAGCACCAUGGAGAUGUCCUGGGGGGAAGCAAAGGAAGGAUGGGACCAAUAGAGGGCCAGCCUCCUUGGGGACUAUGCCAAUCUCCUUCCAGAACCUGAGGUGCCCUGUGCCAGCAUUAUUUGGGAUAUUAGGGAAAACCAUGCUUGUAAAACAGGGAUGAUGCAGCAGAGGGUGAGAGCAGGAUGAGCCUGUAUCUUCAGAGAAGCGGCAGGGGUUGGGUUGACAUCUGCAGUGAGGGGUGUCACCAGGCUAUCCUUUCCCCUGAUAGGGCUGAAGUUGGGGGUGCUACAGGGUACAGGUGCUUACCCCCUUGUUCUGUGGACCCCUGAGAGCCUUGGGGCUGGCAGCACUUUUCCUGUAUGGAAAAAUGCUGCAUGAUGUGAUGGCUGGGGAGGGCAGCUGGGCAGGUGAGGGCAGGUUGGCCCAGGUGAGCCCAUGGUGUGGCACCCAGAGCUGAGGCAUCAAUACCCUUGUUUCUGGCAUGCCCUGAGCUCUGGCAGGCUCAGUGGGAUGCCCUGGGCAGGAAGGGAUCAAUGGCCUGCAGGAGCAGAUCCUGCCAUCUGUGACGGAUCCUGCAUAUGCCUGGCUGGAUCCUGCACAUGCACCUGGGAGCUGCUGGAGGGCCCCAAGGCCCCCACACUUAGGGGUUGAGGUCUGACCUGGAAUGCCCAAGGAUACCUUGAAGCCCCCAAACCUCCCUCCCCACAUCAGUUCCAGUGCUGGGAGAAAAUCACUACUUGCUUUUUUUUCCCCCCUCCUUUUUUAUUGGGAUGAAUCUGUGUCCUCUGUUGCCCUGUCCCAGUGCCAGUGCUGUGCCACAGGGUCCCACAUGACACUCUGGGCCAGACCAGGAAGAAAACCCGAAGCAGGGCUGUCCUCCCUGUGCUACUUUCAGCUAAGGUCACGGAGGGCAGUGAUGCCUGCUUGUGCCAAGGAAAGUUAAGCAGUAACUGCAGGUGGCAAUGAGCAAGCCAUGGGUGUGGGUGCUAGAGGGGCCAGGGAGCUCACCAUGCAAAGGGCAUUCAGGUACAGCUCACCCAGAGUCCCUGCUGGUCCCUGUCCAAAAGCCUGUGGUGUCCCAUGCAGGGACACAGGGCAAGGGCCAAGGACCAUGCUGGGGGCUCCAGCUACUCCAGGGCAGAAGGGCACAGUUGUGGGCUGGCACAGGGGCAAGGUGGGCAGCAGGGGUGGGCUGCCGGCAAGGGUGCUAUGGCAGGGUGGGCUUCUGGAGGGGCCAGCGAUGGCUCUGGCAGUGAGGGGCGAGUGCUGGUUCUGUUAGAAAAGGAGGGAGCAUCCCCAGGCAGAGGGUCUGUGGGCGACAGGCUCUCCCAUGCGGGACAGGGCAGGGGCCGGGGUCUCUGGGGGAGAUGCAGGAUGCCAGGGUGGGCCGGGGCAAGGAGCAGGGGUGAUCCCCGGGUGGAGGGGGACUGCCAGGGUGCAGCGGGGAGGGGUGGAGCAGAGGGCUCUCCCUCGGCAGAGGAGGGGGCCGGCGCGGCCGCACGACCCGGGUAGAUCCCGGCGGGCCGGGGCGGAAGGGGCGGCUCUGUCCGGCCCUUCCCGCACCUCCCGGGGCCGCCCGCGCCGCGGGCUCGGUGCGGAGCCGUGCCGAGCUGGGGAGCUCCGCCCGCCGGGACGUGACCCCCGGGGCAGCUGCCCCGCGUCCACCGGACCUGGGCACUGGCACGGUGCGGCCGGACCCUGCCGCAGCUGUGGGCGCAGAGAGGUGUCAGAGGACAGGGCAGGGCAGGCUGGGUGGUCCCGUGCCCCGACGACACCGACAGCUCCUCCCGGUGCCCAGGUGUCCACAGGAGCUGCUGCGAUGGAGCUGGGGAACAUCUCGAAGCCCACGUACGGCCCUGGCCCCGAGGCGCCGGGGAGCAGCACGCCGGGGCUGGUGACAAUGGCACACGGCUUCCUGCGGCUGGUGCAGCCCAACCCCCUGCCCAUAGGGUGUGCAGAGCUGAGGAGCCUUCAGGGCUCAGCGUUAUGCUGCCUCUCAUUCUUCCUAUCCCAGCUGUUGCUCUAUGAACUGGGUUUCCUCGUCUGCACGGCCAUUGGAAUCCUGCUCAUCAUCCUCGUGCCGCUGGUGGGAUGCUGCUUCUGCUGCUACCGCUGCUGCGGGCGCUGCGGGGGCCGCAUGUACCAGAAGCAGGGCCGGCGGAUGGGCUGCCGGCGCCGGGCGCUCUGGACCUCUGUCCUGCUGCUCUCCGCUUUCCUCCUGGCUGGUGGUGUCUGUGCCCUCAUCAGCAAUGCCCGCUUCUCCCAGGCUGUGAAGAGCACCUUCCCCAAUGUGAACAGCACUCUGCAUGACGUCCACACCUACGUAGCCUCCAUCCCCCAGCAAGUCGAUUUUAUCAUCAGCAGGAGCGAUGUCCCACUGGACUACGCCAACCACAGCCUCCAGGACAUUGGGCCCAACCUGGGCGCUAUGAUCACCUCACGCAUCAGGAGCAGCAUGGACGGGGCUCUGGGAUCUCUCCAGAACCUUUUGCAAGGGAUGGAGACACUGAAGGACACCUUUGGCAACAUUACCGUCAGUCGCUCAGACCUCGAGAAGCUGCAGGGCAACUACAGCCAGCGGUUGAUCAGCCUGCAGGACAAGCUCAACCACACCCUGCAGAACUGUGGCCUCCCCUGCAGCCAUGUGUCCCUGGAUGGGCUCACCUUCACUGCCAACUUCAGCACGAUCCCAGGUGUGGAGCAGCAGCUGGAGGCCCUGCGUGAGGUCUCUGACUCAAACAUAGGGACUGAUUUAGAGGAGGUUAACAGAACACUGGAGAUGAUCCCUGACAAGGUGCAAGAGCAGUCCCAGGAAGUGGUGGCAAAGAGCCAGGACCACCUGGGCCUCAUCGGGCAGGAGAUCAGAAGCUUGCAGAAAGAGUUGCCGCUCCUGAAUGUGGAGGAGAAAGUUGAGGCCUUUGUGAAUGAUGCCACAUCAGUGCUGGAGGAGUACAGGGAGCCAGUCAUUGCCUGGGAUGGGCUCAGGCUGAUUGUGUGUGCCCUUCUGUGCUGCACAGUGCUGCUGGUGGUCCUCUGCAAUGUUUUAGGGCUGCUGCUGGGGCCCCUGGGGCUGAAGGAAGGUGUGCUGCCCACACAGCGCAGCAGCCUCUCCGAUGCUGGCGGGAACUUCUUCAUGGCAGGGGUUGGCUUCAGUUUCAUCUUCUUCUGGCUGCUCAUGCUGCUGGUGAUGAUCAUCUUCGUGCUGGGGGGGAACAUUUACAUGCUCUUCUGUGAGUCCUGGCACAACCAGCAGCUCUUCCAGCUCCUGGACACCCCUGGUGUGAUCCCAAACUUCAAUCUCUCAGAGCUGCUGGGCCUGAAGGGUGACACGGCAAACUUCUCAGAGAUAUACAGGCAGUGCCAGCAAGAUGCUUCCCUGUGGCAAACUCUGCACUUGGACCAGAGCAUGUCCCUGGAUGAGCUCUUGAAUAUCAGCCAGUACACAGGAAACAUCUCCACAGAUUUUGAGAAGAUGAACAUCACCCUAAGCCCCAUCUUCCUGCUCAGCCAGAGCCAGAAAGACCUGCUGCUGAAUGCCAGCCGGGCCGGACAGCCCCCCAACUUCACCCUCACCCUGGAGCAGCUGGACCAGAAUAUGACCCAGGGAAGCCUCCUGGAUCUGGCUGCCGAGUUGGAGCAGCUGGCAGAAAAAGUGGGCGCGGAUGAGAAGGUGGCCCUGGAAGAUAGUGCUCGCAAACUGAGGGAGCUGGAAAAGGAGAUGCAGGCGAGCUUCUCUGGGCCACUGCAAAGUCUGAAGGAGAACAUCCACGCAGUGCAGCGUGGGGCUGCCCAGCUAGAGGGACAGACAACAGCUGCGCUGGACAAAGCCAGCAAAACCCAGGAGUUCCUGGAGAGGGAGACACCAAACAUCAUCAAGAAUGAGACAUGGGCCUUCCUGGAGCAGCUGUUGGAUUUCUUUGAAACCUACAUUUCAUGGGCCAAGAGCAGGGUGACAGAAGAUGUGGCACGUUGCAAGCCCAUAGCUCAGUCCUUGGAUAAUGUGGAGGCCAUUGGCUGUGACUAUAUCAUGGACUCUGUGAAUGCCUUCUGGUUCAGCCUGGGCUGGUGCACCUUGUUCCUGCUUCCCAGCAUCGUCCUGGCUGUCAGACUUGCCAAGUUUUACCGCCGCAUGGAUAUUGCUGAUGUGUAUAGGAAUGAAGACUCUGAGAUGUAAGCUACUUACACUGCCAGGUCGCUGUGUGGGGUGGGGAGUGGCCCCCCUGUAACACAGGGGCAUCAGGGGACAGAGGGAGUGGGGUGGGGACCAAGGUGAGUGCAGACCAAGGUGUGUGCAUGCAGUUGUGGUGUCCCCUAUCAUCUUCCCACACUCCUAAGUCUGGAGGUGCUGCUGGUCUGUCUCCCAAGCUGGUGGGUUUGGGGAAAGCUGUCUCCAUACCCUAUUUCCUGUGGGGCUGGGUGGGAUGAUAUUUAACCAUCCCAGUGCAUCCAAAGCUGUCCCUUGAUCCCCUCUCUGGCUGGGAGUGACAUACGUGACCUUGGUUUUGCAGGCCACCAACAUUCUACUCCUACAAAAUCCCCAGGCCUUCUACAAGGCAUUAACUCCCAUCACCCACAGAUGGAGGAGGAAAUGGACAGACCCCCUCACUUGAAAAAUGUGAUUAUUUAUUUUUGCAGGGAGCCUACCUCUUUCCAAGGCUGUAAUUUUUGGUGUCAAACAAUAAAUGGUGUGUUUGUGUGCAGUGUGGGAUGUGACUGUGCUCCUCUGGUCUAGCAGUGAUGGAAGUACACAGGGCUAGGGGCUGAAGGGCUCCCCACUGCUGGCACAAGCUGGGGCUGUGCCUGGGACCAGCGGGCUCUUUCUGGUGUUCCCAAGUGUGCUUUGCCCACAGUCAGCCUAUGGGUUGAUACAGGAUCACUGCUCAGUGUCACUAAGACUGAGUGAUGUUCCCCUCACUGGGCAGCCAUUUGCACCUCUGACUGGGUGAGUGCCAGGUCCCUCCCUGGGACAAGCUACAUGAAGUGUCCUGUCCAUGAAGUGUUACCCCAAGCUGUCCCCAGCACAUGAGCUCUUCCCUCUGGCAUACAUACCCUAGUAUGUAUCAUCUGUGGAUUUCCAGUGAGUUUAUGGGGUGCCUGCAGCCCACACCUCCUUCCCUCAGCAAGAUAUGGUGGCAUGGAUAUUUUCUGUGGCCAC